AUGGCCCAAAACCCAAGACCCACAAGCAUCCUCGAAACUCUCGGCGAAGAACUCGUCAGAAUCAUAACCCCGGUCUCCAUCUGCAUGUUCCUCGUCGUCAUCCUCGUCUCAGUUUUAAGCUCAGACUCAUCGGUGACCGUUAAUUCCGUUGCCACCAUUGCUUACACGGAGACAACCUCGGACUCUACCUGGGACAAAUUCGUAGGUGCCCUUCUGAACUCUCUUGUCUUCGUGGCUGUCAUCACUCUUGUCACAUUUGUGUUGGUCCUUCUGUUCUAUCUCAGAUGCACUAAGUUCUUGAAAGCCUACAUGGGCUUCUCCUCGUUUAUUGUCUUGGGCUUCAUGGGCGGCGAGGUUGCUUUGUUUCUGGUCCAGGAUUUUAAUGUUCCGAUUGAUUGCGUCACGUUUUUAGUUGUGUUGUUUAAUUUUGCUGUUGUGGGUGUGUUGGCUGUGUUCAUGUCGAAAAUGGCGAUACUUGUGACACAAGGCUACUUGAUUGUGAUUGGGAUGCUGGUUGCUUAUUGGUUUACGUUGUUGCCGGAAUGGACUACUUGGGUGCUGUUGGUGGCCAUGGCAUUGUAUGAUCUCGCCGCGGUUUUGCUGCCUGUUGGGCCGCUGAGGUUGUUGGUUGAGCUUGCGAUUUCUAGAGAUGAGGAAAUUCCGGCUUUGGUGUAUGAGGCCCGGCCUGUGGUGGCGUCUCAGGGUCCGAGAAGGGUUUGGAGAGAUAGGAGGAAUGAGAGUGAGAAUAAUGACAAUGUUGGUUCUGGUUUGGGUGAGAAUUUGAGUUCCGGGUUGAGCUCUAAUGUGAAUGCUAGUGUUGGGUUUGGUAACAGGAAUGAGUCGAGUUUGGUUGGGGCUGAAGAGGGGAGGGUUGCGGAUAGGGGUCAAGAGCUUUCUGUGCCGUUACUAGAGCAGAUAACAAGUGCUCAGCUAGAGCAGAUAACAAGUGCUCAGCAGCACGGGUUGGAGGAUGCUGCGUCGGGUGAAAGUAUGUUGCUGGAAGGUAUUGGAUUGGGAUCUUCUGGUUCGAUCAAGUUGGGAUUGGGAGACUUUAUAUUCUAUAGUGUUUUAGUUGGGAGGGCGGCGAUGUAUGAUUUUAUGACAGUGUAUGCUUGCUAUCUUGCUAUUAUAGGCGGUUUGGGAGUUACUUUGAUACUGCUGGCUUUGUAUCAGAAAGCUUUGCCAGCUCUUCCUGUGUCAAUACUGCUUGGUGUACUGUUUUAUGUACUGACCCGGUUCUUGCUUGAAGCCUUUGUUGUACAGUGUACUUUGAAUCUCAUCAUGUUUUAGAGAUAGAUAUGGAUUCGGUUGUAGAAGCUAAACGAGCAGCUGCAUAAAGCAUCAGAAUAUGAUGUAUGAUACUAUUGAUUUGUUGUUGCCACUCAUACUACGCAGUGGUUGCUUGUUCAGAAUCUACAUUGUUUAGUAAAGUUGGUUUGAGAUGCGCUAGAUUAUGGUUUCUAGCUCCUCACACUUGGGCAUCAAAGAAAUAAUGAGGUACUAGAUUUGGAAGAUGGUAACUAUGCACGUUGGGGAGGACGAUCGAAGAUCAAACCCUGGUCCAAAUGCCUGUCCUUGACUACUUUGAUAGAUAGUUGUAACAUGUAAGCCUCAUGCUGCUCCAGUUACAAAAAAGCAUGCAUACAAGGCCUGUUAUUGCCGGGGCUUCACUUCCAAAGGUGAUUUGCUUUUGUAAAGUUGAUAAUUUCAGAUUUUCAGCUAGCUUCAGAAUGUAUUGCAUAUUCAUUUCUCUGUAUCGAUCUUAUGUGUACUCACUGAUUACUGUUGUAUUUGGCAAAAACAUUUAUGCUUAGGUUUAUUUUUCAAUUC